AUGAGCGGCGAGCCGGUCACAGUCUUCGUCUCUGAUGACGUGGCGCCAGCGGACGUUGAGCACUGGCUGUCAUUCGACGAAGCCGUUCUGUCUCAUUCACCGCCUUCCAGCGACGACCAUCACUUGCAGACGCAACGUCUCCCGGAGUUGCCGUUCACUACUUUAGAUCCGUCACUCGCGUUCCUGAUCGGCGAUGAUGCUCUUAUAGGUAGUGCAGCAGAGCAAAUCGCAGCAAGCAGGGCGCUCGUUGGUGUCUCGCACGUUGUUGCAUUCGGCCCCGAAAGGCCCCUGCGAGUGGAUGUGUCGGGCAUGCUGCCACGGCCCAUGUGUGGCGCGAGGGAGGGCAUGCUGAAGCAACAGCUCAUGGCUCUCGCUGAAGCCAUGGCCGUUGAUGACUCGGUGCGGUGGCGGCAGUUCAUGCGGCAGGUGCGGAGGGAGGCAGCAGCGGGGGGGGACACAUUGCAGCGCAUCGCCUUCCAUGCCUUGGAGGCGCUGCAGGCGCGCAUGGAUGGCACCGCGCUCACCCGCUGGUGCACCCCCUUGAAUAUCACCCUUCAGGAUUCAAUGGCAGUGUUGGGCCAUGGCAACGAGCAUGGAGUGCCGGCAUUCAUGCACCUCGCCAACAUUGCAGAAAUGCACGAAAUUCCGGCCUCUUUCCCUGCCUCUGCCUCAGCCUCAACCUUUGCAAGCCAGUCCGUGCGGCGGCGGCGGCUGCACAUCAUAGCCAUUGGACUCUACUGCGGGCCGCACUGGAUCCAAAUUUUCAUGCGCCUUGCUGCCCACUUCUCCUCCCCGCCUCUCCUCCCUGCCGCCGCCACCACAGCCAAUGGGCAUCCACCAAGUGGCAUCCCAGGUGGGGGACCAGGGGCAGUACCGAAUGCAGCUGGUGGGGGCGUGAGCGGUGUUCAGGGCAGAACAGGGGCGUUUGGGGCAGGUAUACCUGGGGGAGGUGCGGCCGCAGAUGCACCUGUGACAGGCAGCAAGAGCUUUACCAGCAGCGGCAGCACAAGCGGCAGCAGUGGGAGCACGCACCCCACCACUCUUCCUACACCUCCCCCGCCCCGCUCCACAGCGCAUGUGAAAAUCACAGCCGUUGAUUUCGGGAUCAUCAAAGUGGAGGAGCAUCCAACGGGCCUGGUGCAUCUGGGGGGGCAGUAUCUGGAGAAAGUGGCAUCUAUGCUCGGCCUCUCCCUGUCGUUCCAUGGCAUAGAAACCAACCCACUUGACUUCCACCCAUCGCAAGUGGAGGUGGAUGAAGGGGAGGAGGUGGUAGUGCUGGCCAAUUGGGGCCUCAUGGUCUUUCCAGACGACUCUGUCCUUCGCUCCAAUCCCCGCAAUGCCAUCCUCAAGUGGAUCCGCGACCUGCGCCCUCUGCGCCCUCUGCGCCCUCAGGUCGACAUUGAUUUGGAUGCCAACGGCCCUUUCUUCCUCUCGCGCUUCCACGCCGCCUUUGCCAACUUUGCCGCGUUCAUCGAGUCCUUUGAUGCUUCCAUGCCGCACUCUGCCUCGUCACGCUUUGCAGCGGAAACCAUUCUGGCGCGGGAUUUGAUGAACGGGGUCGCAUGUGAGGGCAUGAACAGGUGGCUUCGGUCAGAGCGGCUCGAGAAAUGGGUGCAUCGGAUGAGAACAGUGGGGCUGGAACCCGUACCUUUAGGGCCGGACACAGUGGCGGCUGGGAGGGAGAUUACAGAGGGGAGAGACAAGAGGUUCCGGUUAGAAGUGCAUGGUGAGACGGGCGCCCUGCAGCUCAGCUGGCGCGGCGUCCCGAUGAUCUUCGUCGCCGCCUGGAGAUGA